AUGGCUAACGCACCUCGAGAAGGAAAUACUGUUUGGCUCGUCACUGGCGCCUCGAAUGGGCUCGGCGCCGCAUUUUUACCUCCUCUGCUCUCUCGUCCCGCCACCACGGUAAUUGCUCUCCAUCGUGCCGCCUCUGCAGUUGCCGACUUCUCGGCUUCUAGCAUUCACCCUACCUCCGCCAUCUACACCCACCACUACGAUGCGAAGGACACUGAGCAGGACGUUUCAAGGCUGGCGGAAGACCUCCGCACAGAGCAUGGUAUCGAGCGUGUUCAUGUCGUACUUGCCUCCGCCGGCAUGGUAGAUGGGAUGAAGCCCGCCCUGAGCACCGGCUGGGAUGAAGUUCAGAAGCAUAUGAACGUCAAUUUCGGAGGACCCUUGAAGCUCGUUCAGGGUUUGAAAGGGCUCUUGGGCUUGGAUACCACCACUAGAAGUCCAACUGUCAAUGGACCGAAGUUCAUCCUCAUCUCUUCAUCCGUUGGGUCCUUGGGUACUCCGGAGCCAGUACCAGGAUGUCUAGCAUACGGAUCAAGCAAAGCAGCCGCCAAUUAUCUCAUCACUCGUCUGCACUUAGAGUUGGCGGCGCAGGACUUCACCGCCGUAGCCGUUCACCCAGGCUGGGUGCGAACGCGCAUGGGAUGGCAUGCCGCAGACCAGUGGGGCGCCAGUCGAGAUAUUGUGCCUUUGAGUCCAGAGGAGAGCGCGACGGCAGUGUUGAAAGUUGUUGAUGAGGCGACCAGGGAGAAAUCCGGCGGGAAGUUCUUGAGUUAUGAUGGGAGUGAAAUGGCUUGGUAA